UGAUUUGGAAAAAAAAAAAAAGAGGGGCGACUUUUGGAAUGUUUUUGCUGCAUCAGAUUGGAUUCCUCAGUUCCGUUUGCCCUCGUUAAUACUGAUGCAUAUUCUGGCAUAACUUUAUGUUUUUGAAGGUGGCAACUCAAAUGCAGUCACAUUUGGAAGAUUCUCCCCUUGGUCACAGAUCCCCUGGGUCUUCUAAAAGGGGUAAAAAAAGGUCACUACAUAUGAUUGAAGCUGAUCUAAUGCAUUGUGGCAAUCAAUCUAUCGAAAGCCAUUCAAAAGAACUGAUGUUUUAUGAUCCUGGUCCAAGUCAUGAAACACCUGUUGUUACUAAUCACAUUGAGAAUCAUACUCCCUUCAGAAACUUCUUGGUUCCAAAUCCUUCCAGUCGUGCCUAUUCAGCAAUUGGAACAUUCACUAUCCAAUGUGCUUCAUGUUUCAAAUGGAGGAUAAUUCCAACAAAAGAAAAAUAUGAACAGAUACGUGAAAAGAUAUUGGAUGAAUAUUUUGUAUGUGAACAUGCUAGAGAAUGGCGUCCCGCUAUCCAAUGUGAAGAUCCUGAAGACAUAUCUCAAGAUGGCAGUAGAGUCUGGGCAAUUGAUAAACCAAACAUUGCUCAACCUCCUUCUGGUUGGGAAAGAUUGCUUAGAAUCAGAGGUGAAGGAGGCACAAAAUUUGCAGAUGUGUAUUAUGCUGCUCCAUCUGGAAAAAAGUUGCGGUCCAUGGUUGAAGUUCAAAGGUUUUUGGUUGAACAUCCAGAGUAUGCUAGACAAGGGGUAACUCUCUCUCAGUUUUCAUUUCAGGCCCCAAGGCCUCUUCAGGAGAACUAUGUGAGGAAACGUCCUUUACGUUUGAUGAAUUCUUCUGAUGGCAGUGAUCUUCUACUUCAACAGCUCCUUGAAGUUGAAGAAGUUAAUCCCUUGUCUUGUGCUGCUACACCAGCUUCAUCAAAUACAGUUCCUGAAAAACCAUUUCCUUCUCCUCCAAGUGAAUCAGAACCAUCAACUGCCAUGCCUCAAUCUGAACAAAUGAAGCUGAAAGAUGAGCAUGCUACAAAUGCAUCUUUUAAUCCCUUAUUUUGGACUGCUCCUCAUACAAAUAAAGAGAGAUUAGUAGGCUCACCAACUUUGCCAAGUUCCGUCCCCGAAAAACCUGUUUUUUAUCCAAAUGAAUCAACACCACUGAUCUAUGUGGCCCCGUUAGAACCGAUGAAGCUUACAAAUGAGCAUUUUGCACACACAUCUACUUUUAAUCCAUUGACUUGUGCUGCUACACCAGCUUCACCAAAUACAUUUCCUGAAAACCCAUUUCCUUCUCUUCCAAGUGAAUCAGAACCAUCGACUGCCAUUCCUCAGUCUGAACAAAUGAAGCAGAAAGAUGAGCAUGCUACAAAUGCAUCUUUAGGUGCACCAACUUUGCCAAGUUCUUCCCUUGAAAAACCUGUUUGUUAUCUAAAUGAAUCAACACCACUGAUCGAUGUGCCUCUGUCAGAACCGACGAAGCUUACAAAUGAGCAUCCUGCACACACACCUCCUUUUAAUCCCUUUACAUGGGCUACUCUUCCUGCAAAUAAAGAGCUAAUUUUUGGUAGUGCACCAGCUCCGCUAAAUGCUUGUUGCGAAAAACCAGUUCCUUUUCCUGCAAACGAAUGGACACUACCAACUUCUUUGCCUCCAGAAGAGAUCAAGCUUAAAGAUGAGCAUCCUACAAACCCAUUGUUUAGCCCCUUGUUUUGGGUCGAUCUUCCUACUUGUAAAGGCCUGACGAUCGGUGCACCUUCAUCACGAAGUAUAACUCCUGAAGAACCAGUUUCUCCUCCUAACGGAUCAACUCUACCGGUAUCGAUGAAGCUUAAGGACGAGCAUCUUGCAAAUGCAUCUUCUUGCGAGUUGUGAUGCUUUAGCUUGUUAUCCCUAUUUCAUUUACUUGUAACUUCAUGCUCAGUGAGAUAGAUAGGAAAGAUCAAAUGCAGACACAAAAGGAUGACUUUUCUUGAACUUUGAUAGGGAUACAGUUGUUGUGGCAGAUUAGCAUAUGAGAUUUUAAAGUUAUCUGUCUUCCCAUUUUUCUUCCAUUUAUGCUAGGUCACAUGCAAGAAGGUAAUAGACAUAGCAAUUAAUAUUUUUGUGAGAAAAACAAAUAAAUUACU